AUGGAAGCCAUACAAGAGACUCUGAGAAUAGAGCCAAUAUUCAACACACUCGGGGCGUGUCUUAUAAACAGCAGAGUGUACACGGGGUACAACAGCACUCUUUUUGGAACAAACAUCCACACAAGCAAGAUAGAAGUGUCAAAAGAGGUGGAGAGUGAAAUAGUUAAAAUAUUUGCAGUAUACGAUAGAGUGCUAGUGUCAACUGUCACAGGGCAUGUGUAUCUAUACAGCACGGAAGAGAACACUCUGGAGAGCAUAAUGAAAAAUACGAUCGUAAAAACAGCUGACGUAAACGGAAACAUUCUUGUGAUUGGUGAUGCAGAGGGAUCGGUCAUAGGAAUGGACAUCAGCACACACGAGAUAAUAAUGAGGAAAAAAAUAGAUGGGAUGGCAGUGGCAGUGAAGAGCGUGGAGAUGAGAACUGCAAAAAAGAUGUACAAAAUGAGCAGCCAUCUCGUCGUUGCGGGAGAUGCUCUGGGGACAGUGACCAUUUUUGACAUUAACGGGAAUGUUAUCUAUAAGGAGAAAAAUGCACACUCAGGCCACGUGACAUUCAUAUGCGAAAUAGACGGAGUGGUGGUGACAGCAGGAAUGGACGGUCUGCUGGUGCAGCACAGGAUAGGAGAGGAGGCUCUUAUCAAAGAGGUGGGAGAGUCUGUUCUGUCAGGAACAGUUUACAACGACUCCAUAGUGCUGGCUGUUGAAGGGUCUCUAUUAUUUUUAUCUCUAGAUCUGAAGAAAAUCUCAAAAACUCCAGUAGAUAUACCAAAUAUAGUAAACAUUGGAAUGGUGCAGGAUGUGUGUCUUAUCACCACAGAAGAGAGCGAUAUUGUCUUGGGCAGUGUGCUAGAUGGCCGUCUGCUGCUUGACAAAAUAAUCGUUGGAAACAACGAUGAAAUAACAGACAUGCUAAUAAUAGACAACACUGUGAUAGUAGGGACUAACAGCAGAUACAUUAGAAGUAUGCGCACAAACAGAUGGCAUGAGAGCGAUGGAAUGGAGACAUACGCAUGCAGUGGCAGCCUGAUCAAAGCACAGAACGAAGAGUGCAUUCUCAGUAUGUGCGGGAACGGGAAGGUGUUCUACACAGGAAGUAAAGAUGGGUACAUAAGCAAGUAUGAAGUGAGAGCUGAAUCUGUGCACAGCACAGUGGAGCUGGUGGAGACAGUAAAAAUAGAAGAGGCAAUAACAGUCAUGUGCGCACACCAAGACAUUCUUAUAACCGGCACAGAAGGAGGGAUUGUGCACGGAUGGAAAAUAUCAGAGAAGCUAUCGCUUGUAUUCACAUCAGCCGUUAGCAGCUCAGAAAUAACAGGCAUAGUUGUGCAGAAUAAAAAGAUACACUGCACAAGCAAAGACAAAGAGAUCAAAAUCAUUACUAUAUCAGGAAAUAAAGACAGUGUAAUAAGCGGACACAAGAAGGGAAUAUGGUCCCUAUCCACGUACAAAGAAGUACUUCUCACGGGCUCAACAGAUAAAACCGCCAGAAUAUGGAAGAGCGACACAAACAGUGUGCUGCAGCACAACGCAUCGGUGGUCAAGACUCUUCUCACAGAAAGAGCCGUAACUGCAACAUCGGACGGAGUGGUGAGAAUAUGGAAUGUCGCGAACUACAAAGAGCUAGCAGCGCACAGAGUAACAGAGAUGAAAGACGAGAGAAUAUGGGCCAUGAAACAGUACAGAGAGAACGAGUACAUUGUGAGCGCAGGCCCUCGCAUUGUCGUCCUGAAAGACAACACAUGGGAGCUUGAAAAAAAGAAAGAGGAGACACAAAAAGAAGAGUAUAUUUCAAAACAAAAAGCCUCCAUAUUUAUGAAAAAGGGAGACUUUGUGAGCGCAGCAGUUGAGUACUACAGGCUUGGCCUAGAAAGAGAGCUGAAGAGCGCAAUGCGAAAGAUAGAGGUGGCAGACACAAUAUCUCCAUUUAUGGAGGUGAUAAUGCUGGAGCCCGCAAAGUUUAUAAAAUCAGUGAGCAAAUGGGCCAGAUCUCCGCAGCUGUUUACAAUUGCGCAGAGAAUACUUAGAGAUGCGCUCAGCAGAGAAUGGACACUGCCCAGAAAAGACGCAGAAGAUCUUUCAAAAACCCUCCAGAGAACGGCAGAGACAUUCAACAGUGCGUACUGA